AUGGCUGAUUCAGACAACGAGUCAGGAGGAGCCCCAAACGCCGGUAACAGCGAGCUAUCACCUCGUGAACAAGACCGAUUCCUACCGAUAGCGAACGUGAGUAGGAUCAUGAAGAAAGCGUUACCUGCAAACGCGAAGAUCUCGAAAGACGCGAAAGAAACCGUUCAAGAAUGCGUCUCCGAGUUCAUAAGCUUCAUCACCGGCGAAGCCUCGGAUAAGUGUCAGAGAGAGAAACGAAAGACGAUCAACGGAGACGAUCUACUCUGGGCGAUGACUACGUUAGGAUUUGAAGAGUACGUUGAGCCUCUGAAGAUUUAUCUUCAACGAUUCAGAGAGAUCGAAGGUGAGAAAACGGUUGCGGCACGUGACAAAGACGUUGCUCCUUCUUCUUCUUCGUCUUCGGUUUUCGAAUACGGUGCUCCUCAGGUAGGAAUGAUCAUGCAUCAUCAGCAUCAGAAUCAGCAGCAUCAGGGACACGUGUACGGUGGUGGUUACCAUCAAGUGCCUGGUGGGACCGGUUAUCCUAAUGCUGGAUCUAAUGCGGGUAGACCCAGGUAG